AUGCGCUAUAUUGUUACCAAAGUAAAACUCGAGAAGCCAGAGCAGGAGCCCGCCGCCGCCGCCUCGCCUCCUCUCGGCUCCUCCCCAGCCUCCGCCGGGGAGCGCCAGGCCCCUCAAAUGACGCUGAAGGAGGCCCCGAACUCAUGUCCCGCAAACGGCGCGAGUGCGGCGGAGAUUCGGCGCUACAGGACAGCCUUCACGCGGGAGCAGAUCGGUCGGCUGGAGAAGGAGUUCCUUCGGGAGAACUACGUGAGCCGGCCGCGGCGCUGUGAGCUGGCGCAGGAGCUGGGGCUGCCCGAGGCCACGAUUAAGGUGUGGUUCCAGAACCGUCGCAUGAAGGACAAGCGGCAGCGCCUCGCCUUGGCCUGGCCUUACGCGGACCCCGCCCUGACGGCCUACCUCCUGCACGCGGCCGCCGCCACGGGCGCCUACCCGCCCUACCUGCCGCCUUCGCUUCCGCCGGGAUCGCCAUGGGCGGCCGCCGCAGCUGCAGCUGCUGCCGCCGGCGUGGCAGGCACUCCGUCCUACUCCUCGCCGACGCAUGCCACUCCGCUCUCGAGGUUCGCCCCCUACCCCCGCCCACACCCGCCCGUCCUCUCGCCGCCCUACUCCCGGCCUUCCGAGGUGCACAUGCCGCCCUCCGCCUCCGUCCUCACGCCCACACCGGUGGUCCCACGACCCAUUGUUGGCGGCCACCUGCCCUCCUGCCCAGUGCGCGACUCCCCCUCAAAGAUGGGCGUCGAGGGCUGUCUCUGCGGGCUGCUUGCGUACCCUGGUCUGGCAAGUCACACCCUCGCACAGGAAUCCGCCCUUCCCUUCCCGCCCACGCUUCUGGCCUCCACCACAGCCACUUCCGGGAGCCCAACCUUGGCCGCCCACACCCCCGCCUCGAGCAGCACCUCCUCCUCUACCUCCUCCUCCUCGUCCUCCAGUGACAAGGUCGACGUCGACGUUUCCUCCUCCGGCCGCACCAGCCCGCCUCUGCCGCGCGCCCCCAAGGCCCUGUUCCAGCCGUACCGCGACGACCUCGUCUCAUGA